AAAAAUAAACAUGGAAAUUUGCGAAGCUCAUCGGCAGGUUAUUCCAUAAUUUGACCUCGUAGAUGCUCCUUAAGCUCUACUACAUGCGAGCAAGAGCAUAGGCUAUAUUCCAAUGGCCGUCAUUUCCAGUUUUAAGGACGGGGCGGCGGUUGUUUUCAGAAGGCAGUCGUCAAACAUGCAUCGGCGUCUUCCGUUUCUCAGGUGCUAUUCUUCUCGACUAACCGAGGCCGAAACCAAAUCAUCGAACAGAACCAAAAAGGCGAGAGACAUGGCACGGAUGAUCAACUCUAAACCUUGGUCGAAUGACCUUGAGUCAUCUCUGGCUUCAUUCUCACCCUCCCUCUCUAAAACCACCGUUCUUCAAACUCUAGGUUUCCUCAGAGACCCAUCUAAAGCCCUAAAAUUCUUCAACUGGGCACAAGAAAUGGGUCACGCUCACACUGACCAAUCCUACUUCUCGAUUUUAGAAAUUUUGGGUCGCAAUCGGCAUCUUAAUGCGGCUAGGAAUUUCCUGUUUUCGAUCGAAAAACGCUCUCGUGGAGCAGUCAAACUCGAAGCCCGAUUCUUCAAUAGCUUAAUGAGGAACUUUAGUCGAGCUGGACUCUUUCAAGAAUCUAUAAACCUUUUUACGACGAUGAAAUCACAUGGGGUUUCCCCAUCGAUUGUUACAUUCAAUAGUCUUUUGACCAUUUUGCUUAAAAGGGGCAGGACUAAUAUGGCGAAGAACGUGUAUGAUGAAAUGCUUAGUACUUAUGGAGUGACUCCUGAUACAUUUACAUUCAACAUUUUGAUUAGAGGAUUUUGUAUGAAUGGCAUGGUUGAUGAAGGUUUUAGAAUUUUCAAGGACUUGUCUCGCUUUGGUUGCGAACCGGAUGUUAUCACAUAUAACACACUUGUUGAUGGGUUGUGCAGGGGAGGUAAGGUUACCAUUGCAUAUAAUGUGGUAAAGGCAAUGGGGAAGAAAAGCGUGGAUCUGAAUCCCAAUGUUGUUACAUACACAACUUUGAUUAGAGGUUACUGUGCGAAGCGAGAGAUUAACAAUGCCUUAGCUGUUUUCGAAGAAAUGGUCAAUCUAGGCUUGAAAGCAAACAACAUAACCUACAAUACUUUAAUUAAGGGGCUUUGUGAAGCCGAGAAAUUCGAGAAAGUAAAGGAGAUAUUGGAGGCAACAGCAGUAGAUGGAACGUUUUCUCCUGAUACAUGCACAUUCAACACUUUGAUGCAUUGCCAUUGUGAUGCAGGAAACUUGGAUGAAGCCUUGAGAGUGUUCGAGAGGAUGACGAAGUUAAAGAUUCGACCAGAUUCGGCUACAUAUAGUGUAUUGAUUAGAAGUUUGUGUGAAGGGAAGUAUUAUGAGAAGGCUGAGAACUUGUUAGAUAAACUAUUAGAGAAAAGAAUCUUGUUAAGUGAUGAUGGUUGUAAGCCUCUUGUCGCUGCGUAUAACCCCAUUUUCAAGUAUUUAUGUGAAAAUGGAAAGGCUAAGAAAGCUGAAACAGUGUUUAGGCAGCUAAUGAGAAGAGGAACACAAGACCCUCCAUCUUACAAGACGUUGAUCAUGGGGCAUUGUAACGAAGGUACAUUCGAAUCUGGGUAUGAGCUACUAGUCUUGAUGUUGAGGAAAGAUUUUUUACCAGAUAUGGAGGUAUAUGAAGCUUUGAUUAAUGGGUUUUUGCACAAGGAUAAGCCACUUCUUGCCCUUCAGACACUCGAAAAGAUGCUGAGGAGCUCCCAUCUUCCUGAAUCAUCUACUUUUCAUUCUAUACUUGAAAAACUCUUAGAACAAGGAAAUGCAUCUGAAUCUGCUAGUCUUAUACAGUUAAUGUUAGACAAGAAUAUUAGACAAAAUCUCGGUUUUUCAACUGGCUGCAUAAGACUACUUUUUGAAGCUGGAAUCAACGACAAAGCGUUCCAAAUUGUUCGUAUGCUUUAUGGAAAUGGCUAUUCGGUUAAAAUGGAAGAACUAAUUCUUUUUCUUUGCCACUGCAAAAAGUAUAUAGAGGCAUCUAAAAUGUUGCUAUUUAGUUUAGAAAGUCAUCAAGCUGUCGACAUCGAUGUUUGUAGUGCGGUAAUUUUUCACCUUUGUCAAAUUAAUAAGUUGUCUGAAGCAUUUGGUCUGUACUAUAAGCUGGUGGAGAUGGGAGUCCACCAACAGCUAAGUUGUCUAAACCAGCUGAAAGCUUCUCUCGAGGCUGGGGGAAAAUUCGAAGAGGUCGAGUUCGUAUCAAAAAGGAUGGAACCACAACUGAAAUACAAAAGUCUCGAUUGUCUUCGGUCUUCUUGCAAACUUGCUUUGUUACUUUUGAUAAUGCUAUUGGUUAAAUCAUCAGCCAAUGAGGCCGAGGGGACUAUGAUUUUUCUCAAGCAGCUCGCUGAAGUUAUUUGGAGUUGGGAUAUACCAAAUGGGACUUGGUUCUUUCUCAGGAAUUUGGUGAUCGGUGGCAUUAACACGCUAAUGGCCCAUUUAAAUUCUUCAAACUCUGUGAUAGGUUUCAUUCAGGUAUUUACUGACAAAGGCUACAAACAUAUCUCAUUUAAGCUCCCAAAUAUGUCAAAGAUGAGUUGUGAAGGCCCGGCUAAGCUCGAUCAUGCUCGGGCAAGGCGUGUUCCAACGCCUGGGAAGGCAACAAUCCUUGCAAUAGGCAAAGCAUUUCCUAGCCAACUCGUUCCUCAAGAAUGCUUGGUUGAGGGCUACAUUCGUGAUACGAAAUGUGUAGACGCAACUAUAAAAGAAAAACUGGAGCGUUUAUGUAAAACUACCACUGUGAAGACAAGAUACACUGUCAUGUGUAAGGAAAUCUUGGAUAAGUAUCCUGAGCUUGUCACUGAGGGCUCAGCAACAAUCAGACAGAGGUUGGAAAUUGCUAACCCUGCAGUUGUUGAGAUGGCCACUGAAGCUAGCAAAGCUUGUAUCAAAGAAUGGGGGAGGUCUGUUGAAGAUAUCACCCACAUUGUCUAUGUUUCUUCUAGCGAAAUCCGCUUACCUGGUGGGGAUCUUUACAUUGCAAAUCGCCUCGGUUUGAAGAACGAUGUCGGUCGAGUGAUGCUAUAUUUUCUAGGCUGUUACGGCGGUGUCACUGGACUCCGAGUUGCCAAAGACAUAGCAGAAAACAACCCAGGAAGCCGCAUUCUAUUAACAACUUCCGAAACUACGAUACUUGGAUUUCGUCCCCCGAACAACGAACGCCCAUACGACCUAGUUGGAGCUGCACUCUUCGGCGACGGAGCUGCAGGCGUGAUCAUCGGAGCAGACCCCGUAUUGGGGCAAGAAUCUCCUUUCAUGGAGCUGAACUAUGCGAUCCAGCAAUUCCUGCCAGACACCCACAAUGUGAUUGAUGGAAGGCUCUCUGAAAAGGGUAUAAAUUUCAUACUUGGAAGAGAUCUUCCACAGAGAAUAGAUGAGAACAUAGAAGAGUUCUGUAGAAAGCUGAUGGGAAAGGGGAAGCUGGUGGAGUUUAAUGAGUUGUUCUGGGCAGUUCAUCCGGGUGGGCCGGCGAUUCUGAAUAAGCUAGAGAGCACUCUGAGGCUGAAAAGUGAUAAGCUUGAAUGCAGCAGGAAGGCGUUGAUGGACUAUGGGAAUGUUAGCAGCAACACUAUCUUCUAUGUCAUUGAGAAGAUGAGGGAAAAGCUGAAGAGAGAAGACGGGGAAGAAUGGGGACUGGCUUUGGCGUUUGGACCUGGCAUUACUUUUGAAGGCAUUCUCAUUCGUAGCCUCUGAUUUCUCUCUACCUCUGCCAUAUGCAGCAAACAAAAUGUGGUUCUUUACUUACUAUUAUGCUUUGGAUUAAAAUAUGGUUGGAUUGUGAAUCAAAAUAAGUGCUAAUUGUGACUCUAUUCCGUAGAUUCGGUUCGAAAAAAUGUUGGUUCGGUAUGUCAUAAGUGAGUCAAUUUAGAGCUUCGGUUUCAAAUA